AUGGAGAAACAGAGCAAUUUUUCAUCUUCAUCACCUUCUUGGGUUCGAAGUUCUUGUAUCGGCCAAGGAUGUUUCGGAACAGUAAGCAAAGCCGUUAGUAAAAUCGACGGUGGAGUUUUCGCAGUUAAGUCAGUAGAUCUCGCCACGUGUCUUCCCGCUCAAUCCGAGUCUCUGGAGAACGAAAUAACAAUCCUCCGCUCUCUCAAAUCUCACCCGCACAUCGUGACGUUCCUCGGCGACGACGUAACUAACGAAGGAACGACGUCGUUUCGGAACCUCCACUUGGAGUAUUUACAAAAAGGUGACGUGGCUAAAAUCGUUGACGACGAAACUCUCCUCCGCCGUUACGUUUGGUGCCUCGUCUCCGCUCUCCGUCACGUCCACGCCAACGGAAUCGUUCACUGCGACGUGAAAGCGAAGAACGUCCUCGUCGCCGACGGCGGAAGCUCCGUUAAGCUGGCGGACUUCGGAUCGGCGAUGGAGUUGGAGAAACCGACGGUGGAGAUCGCGCCGCGUGGAAGUCCGCUCUGGAUGGCUCCGGAGGUGGUUAGGAGAGAGUACCAAGGACCGGAGAGCGACGUGUGGUCGCUCGGUUGCACGGUUAUCGAGAUGCUCACCGGAAAACCGGCGUGGGAGGAUCACGGUUUCGACUCGCUGAGUCGAAUCGGGUUUUCGAACGAGUUACCGUUUAUUCCGGCGGGGAGUUCGGAGCUCUGCCGUGACUUCUUGGACAAAUGCUUGAGGCGAGAGAGGAGUAAGAGAUGGAGUUGCGAUCGGCUUCUGGAGCAUCCGUUUCUAUGUCAAGAUCAUCACUCGUUGUUAGCCACCGAGUCGUCUCCGCGUUGUGUAUUGGACUGGGUCGACUCGGAGUUCGAAGAAGAGAGGGAUGAGUCAAGUGUUGAAUCUAUGGUUUCAGCGGUGACGAGGAUCAGUAAAUUAGCAACGACCGGAGGGGUAAUUUGGGAAUCUAAUGGUUGGACUGAGGUUAGAGGCAAUGGUUUCGAAGAGCCAGGGGCAGAAUGGGAAUUAAACUCAUCGGAUUCUACCGGUGAUUCCGGUACACGGACGGUGGAUGAAGACUCGGAGUUGACGUCGGUGAUAACGUGUGAAAUAUUGGUGUUGCUUCCCACAAGCGAAUUCUUCUCCGCCGAUCCUCUUCUCAGUCUCGAUCGACAGUGCGUUCAGGGAGAGAAAACAUGCCGGUCAAAAAAUCGAAACAGGUCACGAGGACACCAUCCACGAUGUCCAAAUGGAUUACUACGGAAAACGAAUAGCAACCGCCUCAUCCGACUGUACAAUAAAAAUAACCGGCGUCAGCAACAACAACGGCGCAUCGCAGCACGUAGCUACACUAACCGGCCACCGCGGUCCCGUCUGGGAGGUCGCAUGGGCCCACCCAAAAUUCGGAUCAAUGCUAGCCUCAUGCUCCUAAGAUGGCCAAGUCAUACUCUGGAAAGAAGGCAUCCAAAACCAAUGGAUACAAGCUCAUGUCUUCACGGACCACAAAACUUCAGUCUUAAACCUUGA